CCUUGAUCAGAUAUGACUUCUCAGAGCUCCAUUUUCGUCAAGUAUUCAACUAUGAGUAAGUUCGAUCUCGAGGUGAGUACUAGGUAAACAGCAUACUAUGCGAAAAAAUGCUCGCUGACAAAUCUGUAUCGGAUAUUUCAUGGCUUGGAUCUUUUAUUGUCUUCUGCAUGUUUGGUGGAAAACUUGUUGCUGGGUAUUUAAUUGACAAAUAUGGCCCAAAGCUAUUGGUAUAUGGAGGCAGUGCUGUGAUGCCGCUUGCUCUGUUCAUAAUGUCUCUUUGCAAAGACUAUUACCAAUUCUUUUUUGCACAAGGCUUCUUCCUUGGUAUCGGCAUUGCGUCGAUUCUUCUUCCCGGCUUUACCAUAGCCGCUCAACACUUCACCAAGUAUCGAGGCCUGGCACUCGGAAUUGUAUUGGGGGGUGUUAUUUGGCAAAUUGGUUUGAACAAACUUCUGACCGAAGUUGGAUUUGGAUGGGCAGUUCGAAUGGUUGCUUUCAUUGAACUCCCUCUAUUGAUCGUCGGAGCACCAGUUGAAAAGAUUAAUCAUACCAAGGCAAACCUAGAUUUCUCUUGUGUCAAGAAUCCUUUGAACUUUAUUUUUGUUUACUUUGGCCUCUUCACGCCUUUCUUUUACAUUGAGCCUUGGGCGUUGUCUCUUGGAUUAGAUGGUAAGUUUGCGCUCUAUACAAUUAGCAUUGUCAAUGCAGCGAGUCUGCUUGGCCGUAUUAUUCCAGGUCUAUUGGCGGAUCGAUUUGGAUGUUGCAAUUUUGCCAUUUUUGCGGCAGUUUCCUCCGGCUUAGUCUGUACAUGCAUGAUCAAAUAUACUUCUGUAGUUGGAAUCACCGUGUUUUCUCUUGCUUGUAGAUUUACUUCAGUGGCACUUAUUAGUGUUCAGGGAGUUUUUGCAGCAAAGCUGGUACCGCCAUCGCUAUUUGGAAUUGCCAUGGGCUCCCGGGGUCGUGGGCUCACCUAUAAAUGGGAAGAUUCUCGGUGUUUGAGGUUACCUUGGAAUGUUGCUGUUUUCCGAACCGACGAUGCUUUUGGGAGGAUUGGUACUUCUCGCCGCUCGACUACAGCACAACGGCCAACCACCGGCGAAGGCUUAGGUUGAAGAUACAAUUUAAUCUACCAUCCCUCCCUUAAGGAUUCCCAGUAUCUGAAUGAGGCAAUCAAAUACGAUCUUUCAAUGUCAAAAUGGGUUCUCCAUGUUCGUGGAGGGUUACCAUCCAUAUUGCUUCCAAAUUAUCUACCAUAUGUCCGUCCU